AUGAGCUCCAAAUCCCGAAAGCGCUCCCGUGCCAUCACGGACGAGAACCGCGCCGAUUGUCCCUUUACCAUAUCCAUGGUCACCGCCCCGAGCUCCGAGGAGCGCGAUCACAUAGUCAAGAAGAGGAAGCGCGACGCCGACGAAGAUGGCGCAGCUUCCAAUAACCACAAGAAGGAGCUGGUCCAGCUGUCGCCCUUUGAACCACGGGGCAAGUUCAAAUCCAACCAGUCCAUGAAUCUCGCCUAUGCAGUCGAGCCACGGAAGCGAUGGCAGGACAUGACGCGAUACAAUAGCUUCGUCUUGAAUGGUUACAAGUAUUGCAAUGACGAUUUUAUCUACGUCGCAAACGAGGCCACUAUUGAGCGCCAAAAAUCGACCGGCAAAAACGCCGAUGCCGGAAAUUUGUUGCAGUCAACCGACUACUGGGUUGCUCGAAUUCUUGAGGUCCGAGCAGCAGAUGAGCAUCACGUAUACGCGCGGAUUUACUGGAUGUAUUCGCCCGACGAGCUGCCGCCCGGAACUCAGGAUGGCAAGAAGUCUAUUAGUGGCCGCCAGCCUUAUCACGGCCAGAAUGAACUGAUCGCAUCGAACCAUAUGGACGUGAUCAACGUCGUCAGUGUGGCAAUGAAGGCCACCGUUCAUCAAUGGAUUGAGUCGGAUGACGAAGAAGUGCAGGAUGCACUUUACUGGAGACAGGCGUUCAAUUGCCGGACCUCGCAGUUAUCUGUACGAAUCCCACUCUGUCUGGCCACGCAUCAAGGAUUGAUUCUAACUCUACCCGGACAGUCGGUUGAUUUAACCUGCAAAUGCCAGACCCCAGCGAACCCCGACAAGACUUUGAUCGGCUGUACCAACGCAGAUUGCGGCAAUUGGCUUCAUUACGAGUGUCUCUUACACGACAUUCUAAUGCGAAUCUACGAGCGGUUUGGAACUGACAAACCACACAUUUCCGAAAAGACGGAACAAACCCUUGUGAAGACGGAGACGGAUGAGCUUGUACACCGUCCGCUGACGCCGACUGAGAACAAGGUAGAGCGCACUCCCUCAGCUAUCGACGUCAAAGGACCAAGCGAAAACGGAGACCACGCAGCUGGCGGCCGAACUAGCGAGAGCACACCCAAGGGCCCGACACAGACGCCCACUCCAGGGCCACCCAACUCGGUUGGCCCCAAGAGCGCAAAGUCGGCAUCUGGGAAGAAGGGCCGAGGAAAGAAGGCCGUCGAAGACAAACCAUACGAGGGCCUGUUUGAAGCGAGCUUAAAGAUGAAUGACGGGCCAAUGGUUUGGGUCAUAACCGAUCUGAGAUCCAACGUUCAAGGCGGGGAUCGAACCUGGACGGAACGUGCCGAGUGUCUUAUUUGCAAUAAGAUGAUUGAUUGA